AUGGAAAGAAUGUUCCCAUCAAAGAAGCCCUCAACUAUGAUGAAUUCUCUUGAUAGACCCAUGUGUGUUCAAGGUGAUUCUGGCCUUGUCCUCACCACUGAUCCAAAACCACGGCUUCGUUGGACUGUCGAACUCCAUGAACGCUUCAUCGAUGCUGUUGCUCAGCUUGGAGGACCAGAUAAAGCCACUCCUAAAACAAUCAUGAGGGUUAUGGGUGUGAAGGGUCUUACCCUUUACCACCUCAAGAGCCAUCUUCAGAAAUUUAGGCUUGGAAAGCAACCCCACAAGGAAUUCAAUGAACAAUCGAUUAAGGAUGGUAUGAGAGUUUCAGCUUUUGAACUGCAACGAAAUACUGGCACCUCGUCUUCUAUGACUGGCCGCAACAUGAAUGAGAUGCAAAUGGAGGUGCACAGAAGAUUGCAUGAACAAUUAGAGGUUCAAAAACACCUUCAAUUGAGGAUUGAAGCUCAAGGAAAAUACAUGCAAAGUAUAUUAGAGAAAGCUUAUCACACACUUGCAGGAGAAAACAUGGCCGCUGCAGCUACAAAUUUCAAGAGUAUAAAUGGAACUCAAAGCAUCCCUGACAUGAAAGAUUUUGUUUCUCCUCUUAAUAACUUUCCUCAUUUGCAAGACCUUAACAUUUGUGGUAGUGAUGAGGAACAACUUGAGAGACCAACCCUUGAAGGAUUUAUGCCAACUAAUGAUAGUGAAAACAUGUUUGUGGGGAAGAAAAGGACUAACCCUUUUGAUGAAAAUGGAAAGAGUCCAUUAAUUUGGAAUAAUAAUGAUCUUAGGCUUCAUGAUUUUGGAACAACUUCAUCAUGCAUUAGUCCUCAAGAUGUUCCUAAUUUCAAAAGUGACUCAUUGGAUGGAAGUGAUGAAAGUGAUCCUAUUGGUGAAGCUUAUGACACAAAGGUGAGUGAGAAGAAGUUUGGUGCAUCUAUGAAGCUUGGAAUAACAACACCUAUGAUCAAUGCUGUGGCAACUGGUAGAAGCUUAUCCCCAUUUGGUUGA